CGAUCCAUUCCGCCGUAUAAAAGGAUAGAGAGGUGGCACCGUUAAGGCUUUUAGAGCAGGACAGAAGGUAAAAACGCAGUUGAAUGCUCUGAGAAGAGAAGAGAGGAGCAAGCAGGGUAACAGAGAUAUAUCUUUUCGGCUCGUACUCGCCGAGGACUUAGAUGGAUCGGUACCAGAGGGUGGAGAAGCCGAGGCCGGAGACGCCGAUUAACGAAAAUGAAAUCCGGAUAACCACUCAGGGGAGGAUGAGGAACUAUAUUACUUAUGCUACAAGUCUGCUCCAGGAUAAGGGUUCAAAUGAAAUUGUCCUUAAAGCCAUGGGGAGAGCUAUCAACAAGACUGUGAUGAUUGCUGAACUAAUCAAGAGAAGAAUUGCUGGUCUCCAUCAGAACACAUUAAUUGGAUCUACAGAUAUAACCGACAUGUGGGAGCCGCUGGAAGAAGGCUUGCUUCCCCUAGAAACAACUCGACAUGUUUCAAUGAUUACAAUCACCUUGUCCAAGAAGGAGUUGGAUACAUCCUCCACUGGUUACCAAUCACCUAUUCCAGCUGAUCAAGUAAAGCCGUGGACUGAAUUUGAGUAUGAGGGAGAUGGUUCUCCUGGCAUACGAGGCAGAGGACGUGGUGGUCGAGGAAGAGGUACUGUGUAUUUUUAGUAAUCUUAAGAUCCGUACUCUUUUGGACUGAAGUUGUUGUAGGUCUUCUAGUUUUUUAAAAGGUUCUCCCCC